AUGACCGAAAAAGAAAUUGAAAUUUACUACAAAACUGUGCUUGACAUUGUUUGUUUAGCCGGGAAGGUUGUAAACGAAGGCUUUUCUGUAGCAAAACGUGUUGAAACAAAAGCUGGAGCAGCUGACCUUGUUACAGAAUUUGAUCAACGUGUUGAAGAAAUCUUAAUAAAAAAAUUACAAGAAAAAUUUCCAACACAUAAAUUUAUUGGAGAAGAAUCAGCUGAUACCGGAGUUAAAACAGUAUUUGGGGAUGAUCCAACAUGGAUUAUUGAUCCAAUUGAUGGUACAACGAAUUUUGUACAUGGAUUUCCAUUCGUCGCUAUAUCUAUUGCACUGGCUAUAAAUAAACAAGUAGUAAUUGGUAUUAUUUACAAUCCUGUUUUGGAUCUUCUUUAUACAGCUAUACAUGGCAAAGGUGCAUUCAGAAAUGGACGACCUAUUAAAUCUUCAGGACAAACUGGUAAUUAA